GCCAGAGCGGGAACCCGUGCUGGAGCCGAAGCUGGAGCCGGCAGUGCGGCGCACGGAUCGGAGCGAGGCAGCCAAGCCGAGUGAGCGGAGGGUCCUUCCCUGCGAGAAGUCAGAGCUGUGCACCUGGGCAGGCUGGCUCCGCUCUUCUGCUCCAAGGAUUACAUGUCCUUCAAACGCCCCUGCCCCUCUCGAUACAACCGCACCAGCUACUUCUACCCCACGUUCUCAGAGAGCUCAGAGCACAGCCAUCUGCUGGUGUCUCCUGUGCUGGUGGCGAGUGCCGUCAUAGGUGUGGUCAUCAUCCUCUCCUGCAUCACCAUCAUCGUGGGCAGCAUCCGCAGGGACAGGCAAGCCCGGCUCCAGCGGCACCGCCACCGCCCUCGCCGCCGCCACCACCACCACCACCGUCGCCGUCGCCGCCGCCGCCAUCGAGAGUCCGAGCACGGCUACGUGUCUGACGGACACGUGUACAGCCGCUCAAGCCACAGACUGCGCUACGCCUGCAGCCCUGCCGAGGACUGGCCUCCACCCUUGGACCUCAGCUCUGAUGGGGACGUGGAUGCCACGGUGCUCCGAGAGCUGUACCCAGAUUCCCCACCAGGUUACGAGGAGUGUGUGGGGCCGGGGGCCACGCAGCUGUACGUCCCCACGGACGCCCCGCCCCCCUACUCGCUGACCGACUCCUGCCCCGCGCUGGACGGCGCCCUGGACGCAGGCAGUGGCCGCAGCCCCGGCCGACACCAGCAGAGGCCGCAGGGCCCGAGCGGCCUCCGCACCGUCUCCAUGGACACCCUGCCCCCUUACGAGGCCGUGUGUGGACCCAGCCCCCCAUCGGGCCUGCUGCCGCUGCCGGGGCCAGAACCCGGCCCAAGAGGCUCCCAUGGCUCCCCUGCGCCAACCCGGGCCCCGGCCUCGGGCCCAGAGAGGAUCCUGUGAGGGACCCAGUGGUCAGGUCCUGCUGGCCCCUUGGGGCUGAGCCACAUCUUUCAGGCACACAGGGGCGCACACAUGCACGCACACACAGACACACACACGGCAC